CAGUUACUAAACUUGCACACAAUAAUCAGAAAAAACCUUAACACUCUAAAAAAAUCAGAAACACAUAGAGAGAGUGGGCAGAUAGAGAGAGAGACAGAGAGAAUAGAAGAAGAGCAAAGAGGAAAAAAAACAUGGCACAAGCACAACCACCUGGGGAGAAAACCCAAGAGGCCCCAGAAAUGGUAGUGAAAGAAAACCCAAUAAACCCAUCCUUCAAAUUCAAUGCACAAGCACCUGAAUUUGUGCCAAGAUCACAUACCCAGAUGCCCAUUUCUGGUUAUUUUUAUCCCUGCUUUCACUUUCUUGGUGACUCUGCUUCCCCUGAUUGGUUUUACAUUGGGGACCAGGAGUUGCCUCCUUAUUUGAUCCCCAAUAAUCCCAACAUCCCUCUUGCCAAUCGAUCCAAGAAUGCACUCCCAGAUGAUCUUCAGCAGAAGAUCAUCAAACAGGUGGAGUACCAGUUCAGCGACAUGAGUCUGCUGGCAAAUGAAUCUUUAGUGAAACACAUAAGUAAAGAUCCCGAAGGCUAUGUUCCAAUAUCUGUUGUUGCUUCCACCAAAAAAAUGAAGUCACUUAUUAGCAACAACCACAUGCUUGCGCAAGCACUCCGGUCCUCGUCAAAGCUUGUUGUAAAUGAAGAUGGCAAGAAGGUUAGACGUAAGUACCCUUUCACUGAAAAAGACAAAGAGGAAUUGCAGUCGCGUACUGUUGUGGCAGAGAAUUUGCCUGAAGAUCACUCUCAUCAAAAUCUAGAGAAGAUAUUUAGUGUGGUUGGAAGUGUGAAAACCAUCCGAAUAUGCCAUCCCCAUGAAUCCAAUUCUUCCCGGUCCAAAGGCGAUUUCAUUAUCAGCAACAAGCUUCAUGCACUUGUGGAGUAUGAGACAACAGAUAUAGCAGAGAGAGCGGUUGAUAAGUUGAGUGAUGAAAGGAACUGGAGAAAAGGGCUCCGAGUAAGGUUGCUGCUUAGACGCUCGCCAAAAUCUGUUUUGAAGAACCGAAAGUCUGAUUUCGAUGGCAUUUUAGAGGAUGAUGAGCCACAAUAUGACUGUGCAGAAGAAACUUCUCAGCCAAGCAACCCUGAAUUGGUUACAGAUAGUCCUAAUGAAGAAAAUUUGGCGGCAUCCAAGAAAGGAUGGGCUUGGGGGCGCGGUAAGGCCCGAGGGCGUGGCCAGGGACAGAGUGGCCGCGGCCUGAUUGCUCCAUCUCCACAGUCAAGCUGUACCAUCCAGUGUGAAUCACCUGCAAAACAGAAUGCCAAGGGCCCAAGAAUGCCAGAUGGGACCAGGGGCUUCACCAUGGGAAGAGGCAAGCCCGUAAGCGCCAUCAAUUCGCUUUAGGAGUGAUUGGUGGUGCCCCAUUUUUGUUGAAGAAGGUCUACUUAGUUAUUGGUACAUGCAUGGCUCUGCCUUCCCUGAGGAGUCUUGAGAAGAAGGGGGAUUUUGGUUAAGUAGCCAUAAUUUGUGAAAUGAUUUUUAUUGAUUUAAUUGAGAUGUAUAGUAUGGUAAAAAAAGGUAUGGGGAUGUCAUAGCUCUUGGCAGUGAUCAUAGUGAUCACUUUUUUUGUUUUGCAUCUUUUUAUAGAGGUACUUUGCAUUUGGGAUGGUAUUCAGUUCUCUUUGUACAAUUCAAUUUGAAUAAUGAAGUUGAUGGGCACA